AUGCCAAACGUAAAUAAUUUAAAAAUAUUACGAAUAGUGUGCUUUUUGGUAGUGAUAACAUUAAUAGGACUGUAUAUUAUUCUAAUGUGGUGGAUAGUAACAAAAACUAAAGAAAUACCUGUAAAUGUGGGAUUAGGAAAUCAAGAAAGGAUGGAAUUAGGCAAUCAAGAAUCGGUGGGAUUAGACAAUCAAGAAUCGGUGGAAAUAGACAAUCAAGAAUGGGCGGGAUUAGGCAAUGAAGAAUGGAUGGGAUUAUGCGAUGAAGAUUUACAAAUCCGAAGAGGCAGAUAUAUUGAAAUAUUGAAAAAAAGGAGAAUAUUAAAUAAUACUGAUAGUGACAAUAGCGAACUAGAGAUACUGUCUGAAGCAGAAAAACUAGACAUUCAAAAUGAUAUUCGCUUGGCAGAGAAUCUGCAAUUCAAUACAUAUUUAUACUUAAAUGACUUAUUAAGAACAGAAGAUGAAAAAAGAAAUGCUGUGUAUAACUCAUAUUUGAACAACAAAAAUGAAAGUAUGUUAAAAUUUGCUGUGGGGCUAGGUAAGUCAUUUCAAGAGCGUAUGAUUUUAAUUAAUGAAAUAGCACGCAGCUACCAAGAUGCCCAAGAUGACAGUAUAUGUAUAUAUUCAUAUAUAUCUGAGAUUAAAGAUUUUGACUGGGAUUUUUUUAUUCAACUUUCAACAUUUUUGUCUGUGCAUGCGCCAGUAACAUAUAAAGAAAGAAGUGAGACGGAGGAAUAUAAAAGAAACCAACAAAUACCCGAGUAUACAUCAGGGGAUGUAUUGGUGAAUCUUUGGAAGUACAGUGAUGAUAUUUGUAGAUACGAUUUUGAUUUAAACUGGUUUGAACAUUUUGAAAUCGAUGUAUUUAUCAAAGAUAUGGAAAGAUCACAAGAAUUUGAAUUUUCUAUUAAUCAGUUUGAGUCAGUUGGUUUACAAGAAAUUUACAAUAAUUCGCCGCUGUUUAAAACUGAGUUGUCUGUUCUGUUCCAUGCGCUGUAUUCUAUAUUUAGCAUUCCUGAGGUGGUGCAUGAUUUAAGAUUCGUUUUUAGUACAGAGCUUUUAGAUAGUAUAAUUUAUAAUAUGCAAAGAAAUCCAUCACGUUUAAAUGCAAUGAUUACAGCAAUGAAAUUAAAUAAUAUGCCUGCUAUAAAGGUUCAUAUAAAAAAUAUGAUUCUUCUUAUACAGUCUUUAAUUGGCUUGUUAUGCCGCUUUGUAGACCCAUAUGAUGUGCAUAUUGGUAAUGUGUCACAAGAAAAUCUUAUUUUUAUAACUUUACUACACAUGCGGAAGUUUUUUUUCGUCUAUAGCCUGGUUAAUGUAAAUGCAACUAUGAAAAUGGCCACGCAUGCAAGAAUAUACAAUGAUAUAUACAACAUUCUCUGCAUUGCAUAUGAGUUUUCACCACUUUUAUAUAAUGGAAAAGAACUGUGGGGAAAAAGAGUUAUCCGGCAGAAUAGAUAUGAGCUCUGUAGAAUUAAAAAAUCCAUUGAUAAAAUGAAAUUACCUACCGCCGGAAAAUAUAGCACUAUAGAAUCUUCUCCCUUGACGAUAAAGUAUGUGCCAGCCAAUCAAUACUUCUUAGUAUACUUUGUAGACAACCUGCAUCAUACGCGCAGACCAGUAUACAUUCCAGAUGGCUAUAUAAAUAUUUCGGCAGAGCACAUAAUUAUGCACAUUUCAAAGGUCUAUGAUAUAGAUUAUAAACUUAUACAUGCUUUCCGUUAUUGCAUGGAAGACAGCUGCUGGGAUUAUAUAGAAUAUCCAACAUUUUAUGAGAUAAAAUACAAAUCCAAUUCAAAAAUCAUUGUUUUCUAUUAUAUACCAGAAACACUAAACCCAAGAGAAGUGAACGACCUUAUGUUUGUAGAGUUCAAAAUCCAGAAGGCUACUAAAGAGAAUGGAGAGGUUGACAAAAACAUAAUACCACUUCCACUGUUUUUAAAUAAGUUUUAUGUAUCUAUGCUAAAGAUGAGUGGCCAUUCAUACCAAAACAACAUAUCAGAAGAACCCCCCAUGCCAAUUAAUAGAUUAGACAGUGUCAAAAAAACAUGCCCAUAUGUGUAUGCAUUUAACUCCUCAAACAAAUUACUGACUUUCUAUCAGCAUCUAUAUAUCGAUUGCGCGCGGGAUGAAUCUAAAAUUCGCUGCGAUGUUGACCAUCUCAUUGCUACACAUACGCAUAAAUAUAUAUGUUAUGGUAAAUCGCAUGAAGAUUCAUAUGUUGAGUUUUACUCAAGAAAAGUUAUGAAAAAUGAAUACUAUUCUAUAAUCAUAGACGCAACCAUGCAGCCAAUGGUUGCCUAUCGACUAGAAGAUCAGAACAACCACCGGGCCCUCAUAUACUCUGUUAAAUCAAGAAACAGCAAUGGAUAUUUCACAAGUAUUUACAGCAAUGUAUUUAACAAAUUCAUUAGCCCAGUCUUUUUUUAUAAAACAAAUAGUAGAAUAGCAUGUUUGGAGCUAAGAUCCCUACUAUUCGCCGAACCGGGCAAUAAAGCCCCAGUGUUUAUGGUUUUCCAGCCAGUUAGACAAAAUAUAAUCAAUGAUAUGGGGUUGAUUUCGUUUUCUCUAUUCCAAUUAUUAUAG